AUGAUGAGUUUGCCAUUUAAGUCACAAAAUACCAAGGCUGCUGCUACCAAGAGAAUCAUACGAGACUUGAGAGAUCUGGAUAAACAUCCCAUACCAGGACUUGGUGUCAGCUGUCCAGAUGAAUCAAAUCCAUUUAUUUUACAUUGUAAUGUAUUGAUUAAUGAUGGACCCUAUCAAGGCAUUAUCAUUCAUUUAAUUCUUCAUAUUCCAGAAGAUUAUCCUCUGACAGGUCCUGCUGGAAAUAUAGCACCUGGCUUAGAAUUUGAUUCUAGUUUCCAUGCUCAUAUUCAUUAUGAUGGAAGUCCUGGUUAUACAUUAUCGACUGCACUUCUUCAAAUUGUUACUUUUUUUGCCGAACCGGAUCUUUUUGUUAAUCCACCUCCAGAACGCAUUGAACAUUUACAUAGAGUUGUGAAAUAUUUUAAAUGUUCCACUUGUGGUCAUACCUAUGACAAACCAAAUCCAACCAUCGUUGAUUAUACUGCCAUCGUAUCAGUUAAACCAGAAGAAAACCAAGGAACAAUAACACAAGACAAUGAAGAACAACUGAAGGCAGAACGUGAACGCAUGAAAUUCCAUCAAGAACUUUUAGAAAAAUUGACAUGUGGUGUAACUAAACAAAAUGUUAUCGAAGAUAAUAUUUGCUUAGGUUAUCCACUAUUGAUUAAACGUGAUCAUACGGGCAGAUUAUGGUCAGAAAUUGUUUUGGAACUCAUCUCAUACGAUGCAUAUAUUGCAGAAAUACAAAAAUCAGGUGGAGACAAAUUAGAUUUUUAUGAAAACUGCCAAUUUCGUUCAGUUACAGGACGAGAUUAUAAUCAUUGGUUACCAAUAUAUAUUAAUGAGAAUCAUUUUGAAAAAGGAAAAAUAAUUAUUCAAAAUAGUAUUAGUGUCAUUCAUUAUGGUACGGCUCGAGGAAGUGUAAAAUAUGAUUUUACUCCAUCAAUAGCAUUGAGUGUAUUAACAUCAUUGAUGAAUAAAUCAGCUGUACAAUUAUUCAAUGGUCAAAUGUUCGAAUCAAAAUAUGCCAUAGAGGCUUAUUGUCAUUUUCUACGUUUAUUAAUGCAUUUCAUUGAUAUUUAUCCUGAAUUAGAUCGAAAAAUCAAUGAGAGAAUAGAAGAUUUUACAAGAAAGUUAUGUUAUCGUAAUAAAAAUACCAUACCAGAUAUUGGCGAAUUUUUAAUACAAAUUGCAUUGUCAAGUAAAUAUGAAUUAAGUGAAAUAAGAAAAUAUGUUUAUGAAGAAUAUUUUGCUCGACAAAUCUUUUGGAUUCAAAGAAAUAGUUUGAUUAAAAAUUUAUUAGAUAUACAAUCUGGUGAUUUACCUGAUAUAUUUAAAUCUGCUAAAGUAUCAAAUCAUUUAUUAGUGUUUAAUUUAGAAAUGGCUCAAACAUUUAUCUUCUCUGGGGUAAAAAAAUUUUUAGAUGCAGCAUAUGGAUAUCCACCACCAGUUAUUGUUGAAAAUUUUCAACAGCGCUUAAAAGCUAUAAAAGCAAUAGAUAAAUACAGUGAAUUUAUUCAAGCCAUCAAACUAGAUAAUAUGAUCAAAUCAUCAGAUGAUGUGAUUGAUUUGAUAAAACGUUCAAUCCAUAUAUCCAAUGAACAAGGCUAUACAAGAAUAUUUUCGAGAGCUGAAGAACGAAUUGAACAUCAGAAUAAAAGAACACGAUACGAUCAUGAGCAUCAACGAAGAUAUUAUCAUUGA